AUGGCUCCAGCACUCACCAGCAGCGAGCCUCCGAGGGCAAAGAAGUCAUGUUUCAGUUGUCGAACACUCAAGAUCGCCUGCGACAAAGCCUUGCCAGCAUGCACGGCCUGCAAGACGCGCGGCAAGACAUGUUCCGGCUACAAUGAGAACCUGUCAUGGCCGCGCAAAGGAGACAAACGACGCGCUGCCACAGCCAAUGUGCGUAGCCGGGGCAGUUACCGAGCGAAUCCGGCGGUGUUUCUGAAUACUUCCAGCUGGGACGUGAGCUUGUAUCGCGAACACGUCGAUACAGGAGGGCAUAUUGGGCAUAUGGGAGCUUGGACGCCAUCGAUAACACCAAGCACCUCAUUAUGGUCCACCAAACUUGGCUUUUAUGGACCCCAAUUGCCCUCGGCGAUCCGCCUCGUCACAUCAGGCAGCUUUCAUGACGACGUUUGCGGUCUGUUAUACCGAAUGUCUUUCGGCGACGAUAGCGUACACGCCAUGUCUCUUCGCCAUUCCAUGAAUGCAAUAUCGCUGCUUUCUUUGCACAAGACGAAUGAGGCACUCAGAUACAAGAUCCUUGCAAUAUCAAAUCUCAAGAGCGCCAUCAUGCAGGGCCUCGAUAACCGAUCUCGACCACAGGCCAUUGCUGCUAGCCUGCUGUUGACCUUGUACGAGGUUCUCAGUCAGAGCGGCAAGACCAAUGACUGGUCAGUCUACUUUGACGGCUGCAUGAAGAUUGUCAACUCUGGCUUCAACAUCCAUCGCCGAUACGCAGGAGACUGUGCAAUCCUGCUCAACUGGGUUCGCUAUCAUAAGACGCUAUACAAGUUUAGCAUCAAGCAUUGGCAGCAACGGACUCCGCAGAUGGAGCUGAUGGCCAAGUCGGAAGUUCUUGUGUCGGAUUCAGCAUAUGAUAUCGAUCUUAUAACGAUGCAUAACAUGCUGGGCUGCUCGCCUCAGGUGCUCGACUACUUAAGCGAAGCAAUGGACCUUGUCAAGAGCCGGGAUGACCCAAACUAUUUAUCCCUCAAACGCCUGCGCGCCAUCAAUGAGCUCGAGCUUCGUCUCAAGAACAUCGACGACUUGCGUGACUGCUUUGACGUGGAAAAGGAGGGCAUCACAAUAAGCAAAGCCACGGAGAUCAUGAACGAUCGGCUGUUUCAAUACGCACUGAUCAUUUACGUGGAUCGAGUUGUCAAAGGCGCCUUCAUGUCUUCAACGGCCGCCCAGAGCGCCGCCGCCAAGGCCUUUGCCCUCUUGGAGAAGAUCCGGCUAUACGACAGGCCGUUCCCUCUCUUCAUCCUCUCUAUCCAAGCAGAGACUGACGAGCAACGACUACUCAUUCUAACAACCAUACAGCGAACAAUGGAAGCACGGCCGAUGAAUAAUCUAGGGUCAACAGAAGAAAUGAUCAAGAAACUCUGGGCUCAGCAGGAUUUGCAGGGACCGGAGCAAGCAGAUGCGCUGUUCCUGCUGAAUGCUGUGAUCAGCGCCAGCAGCAUGCCGCCGACUUUCACCUCGCCUUUUGUCAUCAAUGCCAUUACGGGUGCGCACGCUGUACCGUUCUUAUCCAUUUGA